UAUCUAUCUAUCUAUCUAUCUAAUGAAGUGAUUAUGUUUUGCAAUCUUUUGUGAGCCACCAGGAGUUUAUUAACUGCAGCAGGAUCGAAAUGCGAUUAAUUAAUUGAUCCAGGGGUUGUUCACAAUGGAAUAUAAAUUGUGUCCAUAAAUUAAAAUAAAAUAAAAUAAAAUCGGUAGUUAUGUGAUCUGACCCGGUCAUGCUGUUGCUGGUUUAUCCGGCACACGGCCUGUUUUGUGAACACAGCUCUUGGAAUUCAGCAACCUGAGGUUAACAUCUAAGAGCACCUUCAAUGGACUCAAAACUCUUUAUGCUGAAUUUUGCAGCAGUAAAUUGGCGUUCCAGAAGACACACUUCCGUUCAGCAAGGUUUUUCACUGCCCGAGUCUGCUUUAUAGACUUUUGCCAGCUGAUAGUAUAUAACCCUGUUUAAAUCAGCCUCUUUUAUCUAUAGCUAUGUAGUGUCUGUCCCCCCCCCUGCCCCCCCAAACCAGGAGCAAAAGGUUCAACCAAGAAUCCUGCUUUUGUCCGGAGAAAAUAGGCAAGAUCCAAGUUUGCAGAGACAAUCGUUUGCAGCAACAGUGCACUUGGGUCUUUGCAAACUUGGUCAAGGGGAAAGGAUUUUAAAAUAGAUCGCAAGCGGUGCAGGGAGAGUGCGAGAAAACCCAACCCCAAACAACCCUAAACUCCUUGUCUUGGAUUGACAUCCGUUGGAGCAGAAGCCUCAGCCAUGUCUUUGAACGAGUGAUAAAAAAAAACCUCUAAGCUUUCUUUGCCACGGGGAAAUUUUUUUUUUCCUGAUGUUUGCCUAGUGCGAGCACGAGGCUGCUGGCCGAGCGCUAGGAAAGGGAUAAGCGUGCCAUAAGCGAUUUAAUAUCUUUAAAGGCUCGGGUGAUCCCAAAAUACUUGCACAUCAUCCACAUAAAGUUUGGCCAAAAUUUAGCUGCCCCUGGCUCUACUUAAAUCCCUCCUUGGGCCUGUCAGUCAGCAUCUGCUACAGGCAGAUAACUCUAUUGCCGCUUCGGCAUCAGAUACAGAUUUGGCGGGUAUGGGGGCCAGACGGUAAUCCUGAUUUGUAGGCAGCACAAAGGGUGUCUUUGAAACGGAAGGCAGGGUUCGCCUCCCCCUACACCUUGCCCUCCCCCUCCCAAUCGUGCAGAUUUAUUUGAGGGAGGGGUGCCGGAGGGGGCAUCCAAUUUUCACUGGCCAGGAAGGAGCUGUGGUUUUGGAUGGCCAAGGUAUCCUUUGUGAAAUCCUGUUCCAAAGCCAGGACUUGGUCAGGACUUCCCCCUUCCCCGCCUUGCCGUCCAGUGCCUUGCUCCAAAUCCUCCGUCCUGGGGCUUGCAAAAUAAUUGACAGCUCCAUAGCUGAUUAUGGAAUACGCUCCUUCCCUCCCUCCCCCCUCCUCCUCCUGCCCUUGUUGUGACUUUUCAACAGGUUUUGCUGGUGCAUAACUUAAAUAGCUGAACUGCUUUUAUCUUGGCCCACUGCCCCAAGGGGGAGGAUUAAGUCUCUUCCUGGGCCUUUGGUUCGCUGUUGCUCUUUCUUCCUUCCUUCCGCUACCUGGUGACACUCACACAGAGGCACCUGCCUUCCGGCAUCUCCGACAGAGGCCCUGCCUUUCCCUUGGCACUCGGGGUUGCCAGCCCUUCUUCGAUCUCCGUGCCCUUCUGUGCCUCGACCUCCUCCUCCCCACAACCCCUUCCGAGCCAAGCUGGCAUGGCUUGCUGGCAUCCGGGUGUCCGUUUUCCUUCCAGCCUGACCAUCUGUCUGCUUUCCCUGCUGGCCCCUUUAUUCCCCGUUCUAUCUUCAUUCCCUCGGCCUGUGCUUCUUGGGAAUUCUGUUUCUCUCCCCAUUCCAUUCCCUUUACCCUCUGCUCAGGGCGAAAUUAUUAUCAUCUGGAGAAGGAAUGCAACCGUCCUGGCAUCAGGAAACCUGCGUCCUAAUUUUACAGUGAAGGUAGAUGGCAGCUUCCAGUCUCGGUUCAGCGUGGACCCCGUGAAUGGCAACCUCAAUAUUUCUGACCUGAGGACCGUGGAUUCCGGCAUCUAUUCAGUGGAGAUCUUCCCCCUGGGGAGUGUUGCCCGCAAGGGAAACAUCACUAUUAGAGUUUACGAGAAGGUGGGCAACAUCCAUGUGGACCCGUCAUCUGUCAAAGUGACAGAAGGAAGCGGUACAGUGACUUUCAACUGCUCUCCCGUCCAUGGUUUUGUCUCCUGGACCAAGGAUGGUCACCGUCUGGAGGAUAAUCCCCGAUAUUUGCGUUCAUCUGGCUCCCUGGAAAUUAGAGACCCUCAGCGGACAGAUGCUGGUGUCUACACUUGUACCAUCUCCAACCCCUUUGGCAAUGCCACCAGUACUGCCAACCUUACUGUCUAUUAUGGUCCCGAGACCCCAACAAUUACCGUCUCGUCCUCUGAGCAAGAUUCAAGCACAGGGAGUUUUGUGCUGGUGAACAGCACUGUCAAUCUCACAUGUUUGGCACCUUCCAACCCGCCGGCAAAGAUCUACUGGAACGUGGCCGACAAUACGGACCUCGACGUCCCUUCCUCACCUGUUCUGCAGCUCCAGAGAGUGCAGCUGAAUCAGGGGGGCCUGUAUUCCUGCCUGGCGAUCAAUCAGGAGACGAAGCUACAAAUUCGUAACACCCGUCGUAUCAACGUUGUCCAAGCUCCUUGGGGAUCCCCUCUUUGUUCCAUGACAUCGGUGCAAAAUGAUUCCGCCUUACUUUUCACCUGCUCCUGGACCGGAGGGUCGCCUGCUCCUAAUCUCACUUUCCAGGGACUCCCUGUGAGCAAGACGGAAAUCGGUGCCUCUAAAUUGCAGAGCUUGCUGGUCCCCCCUUUCCCUGCUGGGAUCAGUGGCACCAAAGUUACUUGUUUGGGUCGCCAUAUAACUGGGCAAGCUAACUGCACCUUGCUUCCAGAAGCCCCCUCAGGGGUUACAUUGUCAUUCCAGGCAUCCAGUGACCCCAGAGGACUGGUGACUAUGCAGCUGCAUUGCCAAGGCACCUUCAAUCCUGUGGAAAUUGAAUGGUUUAAAGAUAAGCAGUCCCUGAUUCCUGCCGGAAGCCAUUACCAGCUCAGUCCUGAUAAAAUGCAUCUCACCAUCUGGAAUUUCACUGCUCCCCAGGAUCUGGGAGAUUACAGCACCAUCUGCUCCAAUCCACUGGGAUCACGGGGAUCUAACCUCACUAUUAUUGGCCCCUCGAUCUCUGACUGGACUUUGUCAAGUGGACCCCAUCCAGGCACUGCCACUCUGGCUUGGACGGUCCCGAAUGGAUCAGUGGUGACCAGUUUUGUGAUUCAGAUGCGAGGUCCGAAACAACACCGUUCUGCUGAGGAAUGGAGUACAGUGGAAGUAUUAGGAGCUGCCAACCGAUCCACAACUGUUGUAGGACUGCAGCCCCAAACAACUUAUGCUUUCCGGAUAGUGCCUCAUCUGGGAUCCCAAGCUGGGAACGCCACUCAGAUUCACACCCUCCACCCAGAUUCAUAUCUGAGUGGCGGGGCCAUUGCUGGGAUUGUGAUUGGCUGCAUUUUUGGGGUGCUCCUGAUCGUUGCGCUCCUCUUCUUGGUGAUCUGGCUGGUCUGCCUUCGGAGAGCAAAGAAGAAAGCUCCACCCACGCCACCAGAGAACCAGCACCACUAUCUGUCACGCCAGUUCCCAAAUGGGAGGAAAGUUGAGCCAAGAGACUCUUGGGAUAAUCCUCGAUGGUCAUCAGGAGAGUCAGACAUCUAUGCCAUCACCUAUGAGGAACAUCUACACAGAUAUCUCAGCACAACCAUCUUGCAGCCUAUCGGUAUCAGGGAAGGCACUUCCUCUACCCCAACUGGGCGACCUGGCGCCAGGACUGUGCGGAAUGCUACCCAAGUCUGAAAUGGUGAAGAACACACCUGUUCUGACCGAGGCUUCCCAAGAGCAUGAAGGAAACUCCUUGUCCCCACAAAA